AUGUUAUACCUAGCAAUUCUAACCUUGCUAUUAUUAUUAGUAGGUGCAUCCUUGUACUUGUUAGUGUGUGUAGACCCCAACUCUCCAGGAUUGUUAGGGGAAAUGAAUAGAUUUGUAUUCUUCACUCUUCCUGAGUUAAUCAAGUAAAUUCAAGCAUAAUGCUUAGAAAGAUAUGUGGAGAUAAAAUAUUCGGAGUCUUCAAAAUAGGAAUAAAAUACUUUUUCUUUACUAAUCAUCCAAUAGUUUAAAUAUUCUAUGUAAUUUUUGCAGUGGGAGGGUAUUUGAUUUAUCUCUUUUUUGGAUGUCUUACAUUGUUUGGUAAUAAUCCAUUUGUGUCACAUGUAGACACAGUAAUUGGAUCAAUAAUGGCAUUCUUUUCUUUCUAUUCCUUUUUUUAAGCUUGUAAAUAUCGACCAGGAAUAAUAACUAAGGAGAAUAAUUAAGAGUACGUUAAUGAAUUUAAGGAAUACUAUGAUAAUGUAGUUUAUUUAUAAGAUAAUCAAUGCAGUACAUGCAAUAUCAUCAAACCUGCAAGAAGUAAACAUUGUAGAGUAUGCAAUGUAUGUGUAAGCAAAUUUGAUCAUCAUUGUGUUUGGAUUAAAUAAUGUGUUGGAUAAAAGAAUUAUAAAUACUUUGUGAAAUUCAUCUUAUUUCAUGCCCUUCUCUGUGAUUAUGGAGCUUACUUAGGCAUACGUUGCAUAUGGGGGAUCGUUGUGAAAGAGAAUCUAUUUGAAGCAAAAAUCAAGUAAAUAUAAAUUUGUACAAUUUAGAGAUCCUUAUACAGGAUAGACAUCUUAAGCUAGUUGGGCUAUUAUAAUAAUGCAUCUGUUAAAUAAAAACUCAAUAUUCAUUUUCCUUAUCAUCUUGUGUGCUAUAAUGGGAAUUUCUUUGACAUUUUUUGCGAUUUAUCAUUUGCAUAUGAUUGGGGAGGAUACUACAAGUAAUGAAAGAAUGAAAAGAAGUUAGUUUUUGAAGUUCUUCCGAGAAGAGACUGAACGUAUAGAAAAGUUACUCAAAGAUGCUAAAACGCCUGAGGAGAUUAAGGAAUUGAGUGAUAAAUUAGAGAAAAUUAAGUCAUGUAAAAAUAGGACAAUUUCAGCUAAAUAAAUAGGGAUUUGGAAAGGAUUGAAAAAAGUGUAUAAUGAACCAGAUGAAUCAGAAUAGAAAAUUAGAAUAAACAAUAAAAAAAAAUAAUGAAUUAAUAAU